AUGGCAUCCCCUCCGACAACCGUAACCCUCCGCUCCCCAUCAAAAUACAUAACCUCCUCUCCAACAUCAUCAACCUUCAACGCCCCGCCCCUCGAAUGGCUCCUUCGCACAUGGUGCGUCACCCACUCCACCCUCGCCAUGUGGCGCGACGCCCGCAACGUGCGCAUAUCCUACGCCCCCAUGGCCCCGAAACCCGACGGCAUCGCCCGCGUAGACGAUCUCGUCGAGUACGAAUCCAACAAGACGACGCCCUCGACGGCUGUCAAAUCUGUCAAAGGCGUCGACACGGCGUGCGCGGCCGGUGAUACCUCGGUGUGGGACUGGAGGGGCAAAGGGUGGCUGUUCUUCGUCGGGAGCCAUUGGGAGGUGCUCGGAUGGGGCGAGAGGCAGACUGAAGGCGGCGAGGUCGAGAGGUGGGCUGUGACGUGGUUUGCGCCGACGGUGUUUACCAAGGAAGGUGUUGAUAUCUACUGCGACCGCAAGGAGGGGCUGAGUGAGGCGGGGUAUGAGGAGGUGAUGAGUGCUUUGAAGGGGCUGCAGGCCAAGGAUGUGGUUCAGAUGGUGGAGAAGGACAUGUUGCCCGUUGAGAUUUCGCUGCCCUGGAAGGAGGCGUAA